CAGUCUUUGCCUCUUCUUAUCCUCCAAAGGCCACCCCAUCCUCCAUUUCUUCUCAACCAUUCAUGCGUUCCAAUCGCUGUCCUAUCGAAGCACCUGCAGCAGAGAGAGAGAGAAGCAGCUCUCAUCCGAGGAAGCAGAGAUGGAGAACUCUGAGGGGGCUCAAGCCAUUGCAUUCAGUGAGGAGCAAGAGGCCCUUGUGGUGAACUCGUGGAAUGUGAUGAAGCAGCAUGCAGCUGACACUGCCCUAAGCUUCUUCCUGAAGAUCUUCGAGAUCGCACCUUCGGCAACUCAGCUGUUCUCGUUUCUGCGCGACGCCGAUGUGUCGCUCGAUAAGAACCCAAAGCUCAAAGCUCAUGCCAUGGCAGUCUUCACCAUGGCAUGUGAAUCAGCAGCUCAGCUGAGGAAAACAGGCAAAGUUGCAGUGAGGGAGACAACCUUGAAGAAGCUGGGAGCUACUCACAUGAACUCCGGCGUCAUCGAUGAACAUUUUGAGGUGGUGAAGUUUGCAUUGUUGGAGACCAUAAAGGAUGCAGUCCCAGAGAUGUGGUGCCCUGAAAUGAAGGAUGCUUGGGGACAAGCCUAUGAUCACCUGGCUGCAGCCAUGAAGGAAGAGAUGAAGCUUCUCAGUGCUUCAGUGUAGAUUUGUGUUUCCUCAUCUUGAUAUCAAAUGCUGUGUCAAUCUGCAAUGGUUGGCUGUUUCUUAUUUUUUUCCUUCUGCUGGCUUGAUUGCAUCCUCAUAUGGAGUAUGUUAUGGUUUCAUUUAUAUGAAUAAAAUGAGGUAUUUUCUCUAGAAA